ACGGGGCAGUUAUGCUUUCGUCAGCAGCGCGCGCCGUGGGAAACCUGACAAGCAGCAUGGCUGCAGGUUGUUCAGAAGCGCCGCUGCCGAAGACGGCCUCUGAUGGGUCCCUGAUAGGAUCGGCAGGCGUCCUGCCUUGCCUAGAGCUUCCUACCUAUUCUGCUGCUUGUGCACUGGUGAAUAACCGCUAUUCCUGCUUGGUGGUCGGGCCACACCGAAGGCACAUCGCGCUGUCGCCGCGCUACCUGAACAGGAAACGCACCGGCAUCCGAGAGCAGCUGGAUGCAGAGCUCCUUCGCUAUUCCGAGAGCCUCUUAGGUGUCCCCAUUGCAUAUGAUAACAUCAAAGUUGUGGGUGAACUAGGCGAUAUUUAUGAUGAUCAAGGACACAUUCAUCUUAACAUUGAAGCAGAUUUUGUUAUUUUCUGCCCAGAACCAGGGCAGAAGCUUGUGGGUAGAGUUAAUAAAGUGUCUUCUAGCCACAUAGGCUGUUUAGUCCAUGGGUGUUUCAAUGCUUCCAUUCCUAAACCGGAGCAGUUGUCAGCUGAGCAGUGGCAAACUGUGGAGAUAAAUUUGGGUGAUGAACUAGAAUUUGAAGUAUUUCGUUUGGAUUCAGAUGCUGCUGGAGUAUUCUGCAUUCGGGGAAAACUAAAUAUCACCAGUUUACAAUUCAAGAGCUCAAAAGUUUCUGAAGAAGUAACAGAAACUGGCCCUGAAGAAGUUGUUGAAAAACCUCCAAAGAAGAAAAAGAAAAAGAAGAAAGACCCAGAGACGUGUGACGUGGACAGUGUAACCACAAAGCAAGCAGAUUUUGCAGAUGACACCCCAAAGGAAGAGUCAGACCUGCAGGGUACAAAUAAUGUGAAUGGCCUCUGUGAGGAAGAGCCAACGAAAAAGAAGAAGAAGAAGAAGAAGAAGCACCAGGAAGAUCAGGACCAGGACCCUGUUUUCCAAGGCAGUGACUCCAGUGGUUACCAAAGUGACCAUAAAAAGAAAAAAAAGAAAAGAAAACACAAGGAAGAAGCAGAAUUUACCCCACCUUUGGCCUGCUCACCAAAAAGAAAAGGGAAAAGUAAUUUUCUUCAGUGCAUUUUAAAUAUGGUUCAGAUUUUAAGAGAUUGAUUUACACACGGUAGAUGAGAAAAUGUUUUGAAUGAUACGCAAAGGUUAUAUACACCAGUAGUUUACAAAACAGGGAACACUUGAUUAUCAAGAGUUGUAGAUUCUGCGUGUAAGUGUUAUCAAACUGACUAAGUUGAUUUGAGGAGUCCAGUGCUCUUCACGUGUCAUUUUAUAGUAUACACAAUAAAAAGGCAAGAGCUGCUCUCACUCUUGAAUCUUAUAUUCGUGUAGGUUUAACCCUUUGCCUAAAGCUGUAUCUAUCAUCCCAAGACUAGCAAAAGGAUUUUAUGAUGCAGUAUUAUUCAUAUUAUUAAAGAAUGAGAUGAUAAAGAAUUAGAGUUAAGUUUGGGGUUUUGAGAUGAUUUGAAUAGAUUUCACCCUUAGUCAUUACAUGCUAUUUUAUUUUGCCUUUUAAAACUCAGGACAUUUGCCAGUUUCCGGUUUUCCUUUAUCAUGGCUACUAUAGGAUUUCUGUUACUUAACUUUGAAAGAUUUGCCAAAGAAGCUUCUGAAGUCUCCAGAGAUCUUAAGAACUCUGCCACUACUGACUGUGUUGUGGGAAGCAGUGUCCACUGUUCUUUCCUUCCAGGUGCCUGUGUAUCAUUUUCUUUUUUCUUUACUUCUGAGAAGUCCAUGGUAACAGCUGUUCUCUUAUAUUUCUUCCUUUGUGCCUCAAACAUUCUCAUUUUGCUGUGUUUUGGAAAAGAGUCUGAUGAAGAUGGGAUAAGUGUGAUUCUGACUAAUGGGACAUUUUCAGAUAAUUUUGUAAUGAUUGGAAUAGGCUACUAGAAAUUCUUCUGAAGGGGGAAUGGCGGUGUAUUGCUUUCAUCGGGAAAGUGUGAAAUGUGUGUUGACUAAUUGGAAAACACCGAGUAAUGAAGUGACAAGCUGAUCAAGGUUAGGAAUUGAUGCAUGGCCAUAUCCAUUCAUUCAACAGAUACUUGGCCCUCUGCUUUGUGUAACACAUUCUAGUAAGGCCCAGGGAUGUGAUACCAAACAAGGUAGCCGUAGUUCCUUCCAUCAGGGCUUGUCACAGGAGAAACUGAGAAAGGUAUGUGCUCACGCACACACAGAGUUUAAGAAAAUGAGUGACUGUGUCAAAUGCUGUGAAGAAAAGGAUCGUCUCACGGUUAUCUGUGUUAGUAUCUGUACACACGAAUAAUUGAAUUAAAUACCCUGUGUCAGCCAUUGAUCUAGUAUAGAUAGUUCUGGAGUCACAGUUUAAUGUCUGGUGAGGAAUAAAUGCUGCUAGUGGCAUAUCAUGAUCUGAGUCUCUAAUGGCAGGACGUAGAGUCUGCAGAGUGGCAGGCAUUCACAUUUGUCCGCAAGUCAUUGUGCCAGGCAGUGGAAGGGUUUAACCCCGUGUCUUUCAUUAUAAUUGAAAUUCAUGUGAGUAUUGAGCCCUGCAAAUGUGGCCAGUCCAAAUUAAGAUUUAUUAUCCAUAUAAAGUAUGUAACAGACUUUGAAGAUGUAAAAAAAAGAAUGUAACCUAUCUCAGUUUUUAUAUUGGUGAA